AUGAAGAAACGAAAGCAAAGCGUCUCGAAGGAAGAGGUUCGUAUCAUCUCUUCGACUACAUCAACAAAAGCAUCAGGAGAAAAAUCUUGUCUCCCAAUGGAUACCAUCCUUGAGGUACUUUCGAGAUUGCCUGCCAAAUCUAUAGCGAGGUGUCGUGUCGUGUCUAAAGACUGGGGUUCCACUCUCUGCCGUCCAUAUUUCACGGAUCUGUUUCUGAAGAUGUCUUCUCUUAGUCCUUGUCUCCUUUUCACUUUCCAUGCAGAGGGUAAGUGGUCAUUUUUCUCCUCACCUGAGUCUAUGCUGAUUUCAGACCAGAAGUCGUCUAGUGUAGCUGUCGAUAGUCUUAGUCAUGUCCCUAUAGAUUAUCUCAUUAGAGUUUGUGUCCCUGCUUGUGGAUUGUUGUGUACUAAAGAUGAGUGGGUUUUAAGUAGAAAGAAAGAUGCUAGGAUGAUGAUAUGUAACCCUAGCACAGGAGGAUUCAAACUUUUACCCAAAGUGAAAACGAGGAGGGGUCGGGUUAUGACAUAUUUAGGGUAUGAUCCAAUAGAAGAAGUAUACAAGGUAUUGUGUAUGACAGCUAGUGAAAGGCCCUAUAUUCAAAAAGCUGAACAACAUCAGGUUCUCACGUUAGGAACGGGAAAACUGAACUGGAGAAUGAUUGAGUGUCCCAUAUCUCAUUAUCCCCGACCUCGAGAUAAUGAGAUUUGCAUAAACGGAGUUUUAUAUUAUUCAGCUGUGGAAGGUGGGUCUUGGAGAACCUCUACGUCUAUGAUUGUCUGUUUUGACAUAAGAUCUGAGAAGCUGAAGUUUAUUGUUGAUGAAGCUCUCAAGGAUUUUAAAUCUCCUUCAACUCUAAUAAAUUACAAGGGAAAAUUAGGUAUACUCACUCCUCAUACAUCAGGUGCUAUCGAUGGAAUAUCCAUUGGUUUCGAAUUGUGGGUCAUAGAUGAUAUUGAGAAACCUACAUUGUGGAGACAUGCUCACAUAUUUCCGCCACUAUGGGAUACUCUAGUUGCUCAGACAAGUGUAAAUAUUGUUGGCCUUACCGGUGAUAGUGAAAUCGUGUUUUCUCCAACCGUCGUGUCCAACCCUUUCUACAUUUUCUGCUACAACAUGGAAACGAAAUCUAUCAGAAGAGUUGAAAUCAAAGGUUUUGGACCUGUCACGGGUCAAAAUAUUUACACAUUCUUAAACCAUAUGGAGAAUGUGAAACUUAUUACAUAA